CUGUGUAUAGUUAUCAUUUCAAUUUUUGUUGUUUUCUUCUUCUUUCCAGGCUUGUGUGUUUCUGACUUAUUCAUGUCCAAAAGAUGCCAUUCCGAUGAAUCUGAAGCUCUUUCUGCUUUCAAAGCAGCCUUCAAUGACUCAGGAGGCUAUCUCAAUUCGUGGGUAAAUGAGACAGACUGUUGCACCAUGUGGCUUGGCAUUUGCUGCAAUAAUCAAACCAACCGCGUUGUCUCUGUUGAAGUAGGCCAUUACUACAUUCAAGACAUUCAAGGUGUGAUAUCUGACAGCUUGUGCCAACUUCAUUUUCUCACAUCGCUGAGCAUACAUGGAGUAAUAGGUAUUUGUCUCUGGAUAGGAUGGUUUCUUGCUGUUUGCCUCACUGAACCCAUGUUAGUUUACAGGUAUUAAACUCUUUUUUUUUUUUGUUUGUUUGGUUACUAAUUCAAAUCUCUACCAGAUGAUAAAUCUUUGCUUGAUUUACUUUUGCAGUUCUCCAAUCCAUUGCAGUGCAA